GUGAUCAGAGAAAAUAUCAUUUUUUCUCUCGAGGCUUCAAACAGGCUCUCAAAUCAGGAAGUAUUUGAUGGAUGAAAACUUCACUCAAACACACGCAAUUCAACGAAUGAAAAUAGGAAAUCAUUCCUGUAAGGUGAAGAUUUCGCGUUCUUUGAUUGAGUUUCCGUCACUGUAUGAGAACACCAGCUGCUUCGACUAAAAAAAGUGAAGGUGUGCUUGUACUUAAAAUCAACAAACCGUGAAAACCCUGAGACAGGAAGAAAUACUCAAUCCUAUUUGUGAAGGAAAAAGCCGGCUUGAGUUACAAACGCGUGUUCGUCUUCUAAAUCGAAUAGUGAAAUGUCAAGUGAUAAAGAGACAGCACUGACGCCACUUAAAACUGCUGGUUUCAAACCCAGCGAGAAAGAGCGGGAACGAUUGCGAACAGUGGCAGCAUUUUUCGUGUUUGGGGCGCUGAUUUACGCAACAUAUUCGUUGGUUAUAGCGGGCGCUCAAGAUAUUCUCGCGGGAACGUUCAUUCAGACUUCCAUGGUUUUAGUCGCGGACAUCGGACCAUAUUUCGUUGUCACAUUAAUUGCGCCAUACUUUAUGCAAAAGAUUCCUUACUUUGUUAGAAUCGCGACGGUAUUCCUGACUGGAAUCGGUGGCUUUCUCAUGCUUGCCUUUGCUAAGCAAGUUCAUUGGAAAUUAAUGGGCGUCGGGAUAGCAUCGUUUGGUUAUGGAGUCGGCGAAGUGACUUUCUUGGCGCUCACGUCUUUUUAUCACGAAGUCACAGUGAGUGCAUAUUCAGCGGGUACAGGAGCGGGAUUCAUAAUCGCACCUUUAUAUUACACAGCCAUGACAACAUGGGCUUGUGUUUCACCAAACGCCACCAUAUUAAUCAUGGCGGCCAUGCUGUUAUUGAUCUUCGUCUGUUACUACGCUAUGGACAAGAAACAUCUUGGGUCUCCCAGUUCCCCCGCGGCUAGUGAAUGCGGAGGAAUAAAGUACACACCAAUAGAGACUGAUGAAUACAUGAUCAUCCAAUCCGUGAUUACAACUCUGGCUUUUCCCAACGCUCCAUUCAGACCACGUGACCACUACCAGUAUUACAUUUUCGUAUUCCUGGGGGGUGAGGUUGUGGGACGGUCUUACCUCGUGGUACUCUCUUAUGUCAAAGCAGAAUGGGCCGAAAAAGCUAAAUUCCCGUAUCUAUGGGUCCUUUCGACAAUAGAAGUCAUGCACCUUCUGUUCUUCGUCUUUUCUGCCUGGUAUCGUUUUCUACCGAGUGUUUGGAUCGUACUGGUGUUGUCAUUCACCGGUGGGGUUACCAUCGGAGUUUUCUUCGUGAACGCAUUGGCAUUCUUCAGAGACAGAUUCGAUGGUCGAUAUAAGGAGUUCGCCAUGGGGUACAUCGUGGUGGCCAUGGGAGGGGGCACAUUCACAGCCUCGCUGGUGGGCCUUGUGACUGAGCCCCUGUUAAGAAGGCACUGUAUGGUGCUUCUGAAGAACGAUGAUUAUUGUUUUACUCGGUCAAAAGCCAGAGAGCAUAUAAUGUCCCAAUGCCUCGUAAAACCGCCAAAGUAACUCAGGGUGCGUCAUUAAGAUUCUUCUCUCCUUAAAAGGCAUUUCAUUAAUUCUAAAUUCACAACUUAUGACCUUGAGUUUAUGAGUCGACAUAACUUGUUCUAUGGGAUAAUCAUGAUUUAAUUACCGAACCUAAAAUAUUCAAUGAUAAAUAAAUCAAGAAAAUGGGUUGGAACAAGUAAGUACAUUGCUGCGUUGUUCAAUACAGAAUUCUUACUAAUCAGAAACUAUCCUACUCGAAAUCAUGACAGCGAGAACGCCACGUGUCUGGUUUUGAAACCUAAAGAACAUGUUUGGUUUUGUGUACUGAGAACAUAAGUCGACUCUCGACUUCUGAUCAUUUGUCCUCGCUAGCAAGAAAGCUAAUGAUUGGCAGCUUUGUUCUUUCUAACAUCCAAACAUUUUUAUCCCAAGCUUGGCCAACAUAACAUAUUUAACACUCUCCUUAGAGAUAGCAUACCAGUUUGUGAAAGUUAGCGUCUUCCCUCCCUCCCCCCCAGUCCCCAACCGUAUCCACUACCACCUUAACAGUUUAUAAUAAUCCAGUUAAAUCAAUACAUAUUCCUGGGUGGGGACUGAGAGAAACUCUGUGAGUGAGGUGCAAACUCAUAACAGUGACCCUUGAGGGUUUUCCAAUACCACGGAUCGUAACGAGUCGUAAAACUGUCGAUCCGUUCGACCCGUACGGGUCGUGGAAUGUAUUCACGAGUUGUACGACCCGAACUGAGUUGUCUAAUAUAUUCACGGGGCGUACUUUCGAUCUGUGGACCUGAGUUUUGUAUGGUGGUGUGUCGAUUUGACACUUUAGGUGGAAUGUUAAAUUUUCGGUUUCUUCUCGUCUACUUUUCUUACUUUCUCCCAUAACAACAACAAAACGGUCUCUGAUUUUAAAAUUAUUUCAAAGCAGUUUUUGACUUUGGGAACGCAAGGUUUCAAAACAAAGGAAUUUCCCGUUAUAAAUUUUGUUAUCGUGACCAUCAAUUUGUUAUUAGAAGGAGUAAAGGAAUCAUUCUUUAAAUGUUUUUUCGAGAAGAUUCCUUGGAUGCAUCCCUUUUUCAUCAACACAAAAUUUUUGCUACGCGUGUUCCUGCUAAUGCGACUGAUGUCAAAUCCGAUACUAAGGCACGUACACGAUACUCUAAGGGUACGCGACUAGAGGGUCCCGUCGAAAAUAUGUAAUUU